CCCAGGAUGUCACAGGGUGUGACCUACGCUGACCUGCGCUUCGUGAGGACCCCUCCAGAGAAGAGCCAGGAGAAAGACCCCAGCGAGGGAGAGCUGACCUAUGAGAACGUCCAGGGGCCCCCCUGCCAGGAGAAGAGGACUCCCACCCCCACCAAGGGCACGAAAGAGUCAGACCAUCGGACCUGGUACGCCAUCCUGGCAUUGUUGGCCGCCUGUCUCUUCCUUCUCACCGCCGCCAUAGGACUGGGAGUCCGAUACUGGCAGGUCUCACGGCAGCUGCAGCAGGCGACUGAAGAGGGCAGUGCCCUGGCACAGAGAAUGGGCUCCCAGGAGGGCAGCCUGGCCCAGACCCAGGCCCAGCUGGAAGAGGCCCAGGAGGAGCUCCACUCCACCAACGGGACCCUCCGGAGCUGCCUGGCUGCCAAGAACCGGACGCAGGAGCAGCUGAGACAAGCCAACCAGAGCCUGAUGCUCACGCAGAAGGAGAAGGAGAAGCUGCAGCAGGAGAAGGAGGAGCUACAACGGGAUAAGGAAGAGCUGGAACAGGAGAAAGAGCAGCAGCAAGAGGACAAAGCAAGGCUGCAGGAGGAGAAGGAGACCGUUCAGCAGCAGUUGGAGGAGAUGAGGGGAAAACUGGAACGAGCUUGCUGUCCCCAAGGAUGGAAGUUAUUUGGGUGGAAAUGCCUGUGGAUUUCAUGGGAAAUGAAGACUUGGGUGGAAAGCCAGAAAGCCUGCAAGAGGGAAUCAUCUCAGCUGCUUGUUUUAAAGCCCUGGAGUGCAAAAGAACUAUGGGAUGCCACAUUCAUUGAUAAGAAAACUCAAUACUGGAUUGGACUUGAAAAAGUCUGGCAACCAGAGUCCUGGAAAUGGGUUGAUGGUACGGGCUAUGAAGGAACUGAACAUAUUGGGACUUGUAGUAAUGGAGGCUACUGCAUUCAAAUGAACCAAGGAGCCCUGGAACAGUGUUACUGUUGGAAUGUAAAGAGAUUUAUCUGCGAGAAGAAAGCUCGAUAUCCAUACCCAUUGAGAGCUCAGUAGGGCCAAAUUAUGUGCGGACUCUCUUAAAGGUAAAGGUAA